UCAAAGCUGGAAACGAGGAAUCUGCAGAAAGAGCCGAGAUAAUAUCAGGUCCGCGCGUGCUUAAGUGUUUACAAAUAGUUUCAACGCUUCUGAUCAAAGCUGGAAACGAGGAAUCUGCAGAAAGAGCCGAGAUAAUAUCAGCUAGGAUGGACGUCAACCGCAGAAACUUUCCCAGCAAAUUGUGGCAUUUGGUGAAUGAUCCUCAGAUUUCCUCAAUCUGCUGGGAUGACUGUGGGGAAGGAAUACUGAUCUGCCAGGAGGCCUUCAAAGCUGAAGUCCUAUCUACAGCCAACAAGCGGAUGAACAAGUACUUCGAAACGAAAGACUUCAUCAGUUUUGUUCGUCAGCUAAACCUGUACGGCUUCAGAAAAGUGCGCCCGGACUAUGAGAUCUCAGAGUGGCAAGUCAGCACCAUGCAUCACUUUUCCAACCCCAACUUCAAACGGGCUAACCCAGAGCUUCUGGUCAAUUUAAAGCGACUGACACCUUCCAACAAGGCCAAGCUUGCCGCUGGGCCAGAAGUGUCCGACCAGUCAAGACGUUCCCAUUAUCCGAAGCAGGAUUCACCUGAAAACACUGCUGUGGUCGCUGGCAUGGAAGUCAGUGAAAUGCUUCUCUCCGUCCGGAUCAACCGCAGAAACUUUCCCAGCAAGUUGUGGCAUUUGGUAAAUGAUCCUCGGAUUUGCUCAAUCUACUGGGAUGACAGUGGGGAAGGAAUACUGAUCUGCCAGGAGGCCUUCCAAGCUGAAGUGCUAUCUACAUCCAACAAGCAGAUGAACAAGUACUUCGAAACAAAAGAUUUCAUCAGUUUUGUUCGUCAGCUAAACCUGUACGGCUUCAGAAAAGUGCACCCAGAUUCUGAGAUCUCAGAGAGGCGAGACAGCACCAUGCAUCAUUUUGCCAACCCCAACUUCAAACGGGCUAACCCAGAGCUUCUGGUCAAGCUAAAGCGACUGACACCCUCCAACAAGGCCAAGCUUGCCGCUGGGAUAGAAGUGUCCAAGCAGUCAAGACGUUCCUAUUAUCCGAUGUGGAAUUCACCUGAGAACUCUGCUGUGGUCGGCACAGAUUUAGUUGAGCACCAAGGAACUCCUCAUCACCUGUACUCUCAGCAGGGGAAGGGGUCCGACACAACACCCCAAACCUCCCAGGCAUUUGUGACAGCUCAUGGUGAUUCAGGCCCUGAGUUAUGUCACUUCCAGAUGGAUUUUUUGCGGGCACAUCCAUCCAGUCGAAUGCUACAGGGCUCACAUGGUGAUUCAAGGUCUGAGUUCUGUCACUUCCAGACAGAUUUUCCGUGGGCACAUCCAUCCAGUCGAAUGCAACAGGGCUUACGUUGUGCAGUGCCUGAUGGGAAUUUAAGUGCCUUCAUACCUCAUUACUCACAAUGCAGACCUGAUGCACCAGAGUAUCAGUGCUAUAUGCCAGGCUUCUUUGAUUCAAACAUGCGCUGCUCCCAACAAGAAGUUGCCUCCUACACUCAUUGUGGCUUUGAUCCUGACUACUCAUUUAGCCACCUCCAGUACACUGUCCAGAAUCCAAACUGGAAAUCAGCUGAUGCUCCAGAUCCCAGGAAAAGUUACAUGAACCUGGAUACUGAUGAAGUGGAAGUUGAAGUGCAGGACUCCUCAGUCAGCCAUGUCCGUUGCACUGAUGAUGAUCUGGAUCCCAGGAAAAGUUACAUGAACCCAGAUACUGUUUUCAAAGUGUAAAAUGAAAUGCAGGUCAGAUUAUACAGAAAGUAUUAUUAUGCACUUAAGUCAGAUUAGAUGAUCCCCAUCAAGAACACCCCCGUGCUAAUAAUAGACUUUGUGUAAUAUAUAUAUAUUGUAUGUACUAUAAGAACCAAAACUCUGUAUCCAGUACCAGGUUUAUCAUUGGCUCUGAUAGUUCAAGGCCAUAUACUGUAUUAUGCUUCAUUUUUAAAAAUGGACAAUUCAAGGCCAAAUUUCAUGUAAACACUAACAUGUGUGCUCCUAAAAUGCACUGAUAAUUGUAGUAUAAUUUACCAAACAGCAGUGAUGCACCUUGAUGCAAUUUUUAUUUUGAUUUCAUGAGAUUGAUUUUUUUUUAAAUUAAUUUAUUUUUUUAACAAAAGUGCAAGGUAAUAAAAAACACUUAAACUAUAACCUAAACAUAAAUUGUUUACAAUGUUAAUCAGCAUGUGCAACUAUUCAGCUGGUAAAAUGCUGUUAAUUAAUCUAUACUACUGUAUUUACUAAGCAACCUGAUUAAUCCUGUUCUAUGCACCUGCUUUAACAUUAACACACAGUUACAAAUUUGUUGAUGUUCUUAGUCAUUGCAUGUCUCUUUCAAUAAGUACAUACGUGAUGUACCGAGUCUGAAUAUCUCAGACAAGAUUUUACAAAAGAUCAUAUCAGAACAACAUUUCUAAGUACACUGUAAAAAAUUUGGAGUGGGAUUUACUUGAAAAAAGCUUGGAAAGUUUUUUCACUCAGAAAAGGCUAGUAAAUUUACAAAUAUUUGCCAAGUAAAAGCCUAAACAUAAUUAUUAGUAAGUUUAAUUAGACAUUUUUAAGUUUUUAAUUGUUAAGUUUACUUGGGAAGUAAAUUUUAUUGACUUUUUGUUUGUAAAUAUUACUUAAGUAAUGCUUAUAAAUAUAUGAUUUAUUGCAUUUUUUUUACACAAGAGGCCUAGUUAUCUUUUUAGUUAUCCUGAGUAACCUUUACUUUAAAUGUUCUAACAUAUCUACAUAUCUAACAAUUUGUGAUGCAUCAUAACUGAUGUCUUCAAUAAAAAAUUAAAAAAAAAAAAAAAAAA